CGUCGUGUUGUGUGGUGUUUUGUUGUGUGGACGCUGCUUGCUACUCUUUUGCCCCGCCCGCCUCCCUUUCCGGUGACUCCUCUCCUCACUGUAUUUUACUGUAGGCCACUGAACUAUGUCCUCGCUUCCUUGUGGGCGUCGGUGCACCAUACUUCUUUACAGAAUUGUCUUUUAAUUCCGAACUUGGAGCUGAUGUAUACAUUACGAGGAUCGGGUAGUUCCUCUUGACCGAGGCUGAAGCUUGUUUUCGUUGGCUUUAUCAAUUUUGUGAAACUUUUCAAUGUCUCGCCAAGUCUGUCGGGAUUUUCAGCGGGGAAGUUGCCGGUUUGGCACACGGUGUAAAUUUUUGCAUCAGACGGGUUCUGCGCCGCAGCAGCAGAAUGCAUUCAAUUCUGGACCGAAACAGACACAACCUGGCUUCGGCACAAACCGCUUUGGAGCUUUCAAUAAUGCCCCUAACUACUUUAACAAUCAACGAACAACGCAACCGCAAUCGACAGCACCUAAAGAUCACAGGUGCGGUAACCCAAAGGUUUGCCAGGAUCAAAUCAAGGAGGAUAUUAGCACUGAGCAGCCUACAUUUUGGCGCUUAACAAGCUACGCACAUUGGAAAUUCCUUCCCAAUGACAUCUGCGGAGACGUCAGCCCAGAAGAACUACGAGCAUUGGCAUAUGACAGUGGCAAGCAGGGGUUGCCUUUUCAGGAGAUUGUACGGAGGGAACACUCUAUGAAUGCUGCAAAAAUCGCAGAAUUUGAAACUCUGCAACGGAAUCCAUACCGAGGUCCAGCUACUCAAAUGUCGGGAGGAACCCCGCUGGGACAAACUCAACCGUCUCCGUUCACAAGCCACACUCAAACAGGAUUUGGAUUUGGAACACAGAAUCAAAGUGCUGCCCCCGCAGGAAGCUUUGGCCAACCACAGCUAAUGUUCGGAGUUCCAGUAACUACUCCACAAGCUGGAAGCGGAUUUUCAAACGCGUUUAACAAAACACCCACGAAUCCUAAUUCUUUGCAGUCCAGUGGGUUUGGCCAAUAUAGCCAAUUAGGUCAGAGCGGUUUUGGAUCUGCUCCCAAGAGUGUUUUUGGUUCACAAACAAUAACCCCAUUUGGAACCGGGAUUAAUGUUUUUGGAGGUGGAUUUGGCACUCCAGCAGCUGCUCAACCUGCUGGUACGACAAAUUCAGUUAAUUUUGGAACCUCCCCCUUCACCACUUUAGGUGGUUUUGGAACCUCGCCAUUCGCCAUUCCUGCUGCAAACCCUCAACCAAGUGCUCCUGCUGUAAUCCCACCUGCAACUUUCAAUACAUUGCCGCUCGGUACAGCACCUCCAUCGACUAAGCAAACUGCUAUUGGCGUAGAUGGGAUUUGGCAAAAAGAAACCUGGAAAUUAGGGGAGAUUCCAGAGGAGGAACCUCCAGAAAGCAUCAGGUAUUAGUCUUUGAAAUCUUUUGGCCUUAUAGAUUGCACUGCAACAUGAGUACUUGUUUGGCACAUUAUGUUACAUUUCAGCAUAUUGGAAGCGCAUGAGUGGACUUGAGAGCAAGGAGAACAUGACAGUUUCAUUCGGAUUCGCCACAUUCUGUCGGUAGUUCGACUUGUGCGGUAUUCCACGCUAAGUACUUGCCAUGCUUGAGGAAUUUAAUCAGUCUCGAUCGAAUUUGGGCUGAUCAUUCAGAAAGAUUUUGAAGUGCAUCUUAGAUGUAACUAAAUUUGUAUUAAAUGUGUGACAAAGCACAGAAUUUUAUCGUGAAUUGAAAUAGAUGUUUUUCGA